GUCUCCUGCGGCAGCUGAAACGCUGGUGUCAGGUUAUAAGCAGAGCCUCUCAGACUGCAGCAGAAUUAACUCCAACGCGCCUUGGGUAUUGAAGCUACAUCCCCCAAACCAGGGUUUUCCUUCGGGAACACCCGUGGGAACGCCACCAUGAGGUACCCCCAGGGUCCCCAGCCCGUGACAGCGUGCCAAGCAGCGGGCCAGGACCCGUGCCCCCGCGCCCCCCCGCACACCCUGCACAGCCUGGACGGCGGCCGAUCCCAGGAGCUGAACAGGUUUGAUGAGCUGACCCAGCAGCACCGCGAGUUUUACCGGGACAAGAGCGGGACGCGGCACCUCGUUCCUUAUUUUGUGCUGCCCUCGAAGGAGAAGGAGAGAUAUCCUCACCCGCUCGACCUCCCACCGCUCAGCGCCAACAUCUGCCGGCAAUUGCUGCGAGCGUCACCCGUCAACCUGCGGACUUACCAGACCUUCCCCUCGGGGAAGAGGGUCACCUCCCAGGAGAGAGAGGUCCGAGACAGCUUUUUCGAGUAUCGAGCCUAA